AGCACAACAACGACGAGAACCUCAACUUUUGGAAAUUCAAUCGUUCUACCGUAUAUAUAUAGCCCUCCAGAAGCCUCGAGACGUCCUGUAUGAGCCGCGGCGCCCUGCGAGGCUGUCUAAUAUGGCGAGCCCCUGGCCGAAGGAGGUCGCAUAUCCUACCAACCAUUUAUGAACACGCCACACACGACAUGAAGCACCUGCAAGAAUCGCAUAGCUUUAUUAAUGGCAAUAGAGCUCACCCAUAGCCAUAGAACGGGCCCACCUGAUUAUUCUGGGCACACUAUCGCUACUCAUAAAAUAAUUAAAAGAACUAAACAAGAUAUUGAAAUAGCAAAGGACUUAGUUCAGAAAAACCUACAAAUGGGAAAGGAAGCAAAGACGGCAGCGCAAGAAGCAGCGAUCGCGGGCAAGACGGCAGUAGGACUAGUAAAGGAGAUCAAGCACAAGGCACCGCAACAGGCCUCAAUACUGCUAAGCUACGCGGCAGUAACAGCCAGAGGGAUGCUGGCAGCGAGCAUACAUAGCCCACAGAAUGCAAAAGCCCCAUCUGCUCAAAUAAAACGCGAAGUCAUCAUGAAAAUUAGAGACCUACAGACCAUUAAAAGUCUAUAAGCCAAGAGCCCUCGCCACCUGAAGGCCAUAGCCCAGCGUGAAAAUGAAUAUAUUAUUAAUACAAAAAUUGUGUCUAUCAACCAACUUAAA